AUUAAUCAGAGUGAAUGAAGGUGUUUGAUUAUAAAAUUAAAAAAAGUACUAUUAUUAUUAUUAUUAUUACCAUUUCUAACAAGUGUCGAGCUUCACUACGGGCGCUGCCAGAUCCGCCAUGGGAAAGAAGAAUUUACACAGCGAUUAGAAACUCCCUUGACCUCAACUGAGAAACAGACAUCUUGUGCCACUUGGCUAGUAAUAAUCUUCAUAACGUCCAUUGAUUAUUGAUACCUAGAUGGAAACAUUUACGCGAAGCAAAGUCCACGGAAGCGGUUGGAUAAAUACAACUUAGAGCUGUAUACGAAAACAUAACCUUUUUGAUGAAUGAUGCCUACAUCGUCAUUUUUGGUCAGGUCUAUGUUUUACAAUCUGUAAACCUGGUCUAAACAAAUACCUCUUGUUAUCAUUCUAUUUUCAUACAGCUGGCGUCAUGGUCAAUCUUAGCUGUCUCUCAAGAGAAAGCUGUCAUUUGAUCACAUCGCAUUUCAGUAUCUCCUGUGGCCUGCCUAAGCUUGUUCACUUCCACUGAGAAGCGUCCAAAGGAAAUUCCUUUCGCAAUCGGCACAAUAUUACAACGCCAUAUGAUGGAUUCUAAGAUCGAACUCACUCAGGAGAACAUUUAUUUCGAAAUGGAAUCCAAACAGGAAGGUGAGGCCAGAACCUAUGAUGAUUUAGUCAUCACAAACGACACUCCUCAGAGAAAGCCUAAAGUGAAAGCACAGUCGUAUAAAGAUUCUGAUGCAAUGAAACAUCACCGACUUUUCUUUAUUGGAUCUGCCAUUGCUGUUGCAUCAUUCUUAACGGCCUUUACCACUUUGGUUUUAGGUGUGGUUACGGUGACGGCAAGGAGUGAAGUUACGUCAGGUACAGCUUCAACUGCCCCUUCCUGUGCUGUUGGAAGUGGAAGGGACGAUGGUCAAGAAAUGAAAGUGAAAAUUUCAAAGCUGGAAGAAGACUUAAAUGUCACCCGCUCUCAAGUUCAAAAGCUCAUGAUAGAACUACAAACGCAAAGGAAAGCGAUGGAGAACCUGACAGUACAGGAACAAAGCUGCAGCUACUGCACCGGUCGACCAGGUCCUCAAGGCCCACGCGGCAAAAUUGGACCACCUGGCCCUCCAGGGACCCCAGGACCUAUUGGCCUUAUGGGUUCCAAAGGUACAACAGGACCAACGGGUCCUCAAGGCUUUAACGGUUCUAGAGGCUUACCAGGGCCCCGCGGGACUCCAGGAGCGAUGGGCCCGCGCGGAUAUAAUGCAUCACAAGGAUUAACUGGAUCGCCUGGACCACCUGGAAAGAAUGCAGCUUGGAAUGUGAGCCUCUGUCAGUACAAGAACAAGAAGGAAGUAGCACAGACAGCCGGGGCGUCCGCUAAUGCAAAAGUAAUUCUACGAGAAGAUGAACACCCGGGAAUGAAGAUCAUUGCGGCUACUUGUUCAACGAUCAAUGCUGCAGAGUACGUCUUUGGUGAUGCAAAAACUGACCCCACAACAGGAACUAUCGUGUACAGAUGUCAGUGUAAGGGACAAUCAUCUCUGUUUCUUGGUCCAGGUCCAGACAUGAAGUGCGUUAUUCACUACUGGAUCUGUCCGAUCGGAAACUGAACAAUGUGGAAAAAUAAUCAUUUGACAGUUAAAUAAGCUCUAAGAAAUACAAAUUCAUCAUUUCAUUGUUUACAGUAGUGUAUUUUCUGGUAGCAUUGUAAUCCAUUGAUUCAACGAUACAAAGUUUUUUUUAAUGC